AUGCCACCACCCAAAAUAGACAAAAGUUUCUCCUUCACCCUUUUACCAAAGCUAAGUCCCGAUGACAAUGCAUGGGAUUUUGACGUACCAAAUCUCCCGUCGGCUUCUCUUCUGAAGGAUGCGGGUUACAUCAAAGCCAUCAGCAUCCGCACCGACCUCAAAGACUGCAAACACUCGAUGGUAUUGACUCUCCAAGCCAACAGCCCGAACCGAGCCACUGCCCAACACUCGCCCGAUAUUCUGCUUCUCUUUUUGCUAGAGUCAAUUAAGUCACUCAUCGUCGGCCCUGCAUCAAAAGAACAACUUCCAGCGCCGGACCUUCAGCCGCGAACGCGACAAGAAGUUUCCGACUACAGUAUCAGAUGUCUACGUGCCGGAAUUACAGUUAAUGGCGUUCACUACAAUUUCUAUGGCCAUAUCAACAGUCAACUCAAAUCCCGAUCAUGUUUUCUUCUCGCAGCGACAAAAGAAGAAAUCUCACUGCAGAUUGAGUCGCUGGAGGAUUUUACCAAGAUGAAAACUGUCGGAAAGAAAGCCAAAUGCAUCGGCCUGCUUUUCUCAUCUGCCAAAACUGCCAUGACCACCAAUCCCGACCGGUGCGAAGAUAUUCCAGAUGUUGAAACAGUCGACUACAUUUUUACGAUGGGUGUGGCUUGA